AUGGCCGAUAUCGAUGUCAAGGUCGCUUCCUGGAAGCUGGUUGAGGUUGGCCGCCUGGUGCUGAUCCGCAGCGGUCCCUACGAAGGCAAGCUCGCCGCCAUCGUUGAGAUUGUGGACCACCGCCGUGUCCUGGUCGACGGUCCCUCCUCCGAGGAGAACAAGAUCGUUCCCCGUCACGUUCUUCCUCUCGCCCACGCCACCCUCACUCACUUCACCAUUCCCCAGCUCCCCCGCGCUGCCGGUACCGGUCCCGUGAAGAAGCUCUGGGCUAAGAACGAGAUUGAUGGCAAGUGGGCCAAGAGCGCCUUCGCUCAGCGCACCGACCGCUCUGAGCGCCGCAAGAACCUGUCCGACUUCGAGCGUUUCAAGGUUCUCCGCCUCCGCAAGCAGGCCCGCUACGAGGUCCAGAAGUCCUACGCCAAGGUCCGCGCUGCCAACAAGUCAUAG